GUAGGAUGUAAAGUUUCCCCACGUCUUUAAAUCCAUGUCAGAAAAGCGGCCUUAAUCCUUAGAGCUAUUUUCACUAUUUCUUAGGCAAUGGCCCCCAGUCGUUCCUAGCUCCACCAUCACUUGCUAAAGCUCUAGCUGGAUCAGUAUGGUCGCCUGCAGCAAGAAUUCCCUGGGAUAAAUCAAAAUCAGUGCCUUAUGCUGCUCUCGCAUAUGGACCUCUCUGGGAAGCAUCAUUAAGGAAUGCGCCGGGAAUGGGACCAAGUCAUGGACCAACACUUGGCAGUCCUUUACCGGUAAUAUUGCUAUUUUGUGGUGACCUAGCCUGUACACAUGUAAUACAGGAUGUGCACAGGCUAGUGGUGAUCAAGAACAAGGCUUAACAUCUGUUUAGAUCUAAACAGCUUGCAUGUAAACAUUUAAGCAGAACAUUACAUUAUCAUCGCUUACAACUAAGGAUGAAAAGUCGUAUAUCAUACAUUGUCCACUCUCUCAUAAAACAUUCGUGUUUGUCAAAAGCAUUUUGUUGUAAUCUGAGCAGGUAAUCACUUUUUGAAGUUUCAUAUAUAUGAGAAUAUGAAACAAAUAUAGAGAAUAAACCCUGUUUUAUCUGCAUCUAAUUGUUCAUAGUAAAUACGUACUACGUAGCCUUUCUACGAAACAUUGAGUCCUGAAGGAGAUCAGCAUACUAUCGUUUGCGUCUAAGGAAAGUCUAAAUGAGAAAUUAUUCACCACAAGACGUUCCCUCGUAAAGUUUUCUUUAUAUAAUUUUGACCCCAGAAAAGGCUACUAGUAGUUACUUAGCUUAUUGGUAGAGCAAAAAAGCAUUUAGUAUACAAAUUUUCUUCGUGAAUUAAAAAUCUAUUCCAUUUUAGGUGCAUGGACAUCGAGGUUACCCACUAGUGGUGAUGCCUCACGGGCCAGAUCACUCAGCGAAUGUAUUCAUGAACCUAGGACAGAACCAUGGUUGGAUGGGUAUGCCAGCAAUCAGACCUAAUGCUCAUGGACCUAUUCAUGCACCAAAUAUCUUUACAGAUUUCCAUACAUUGAGAAACACCUUUGAUGUUUUAUAUCCAGGCAUUCACGCACAUGGUUACGCACCAAUAGACUGGAAACUGAAUGCCAUGAUACCACAUGGACCACGACUGGUGCCAGGACCUUCAUUUGUGACUCAGCAAAACACAGUAUCAUACCAUCCUCCGCACCACAUGAUUGCUACUUCAACAGGUAUGCCUCAUGUCAAUGUAAUGCCUCAUGGUGCAUUUGCAACAAGUGGUUCAGGUCACAUGAGCAUGACUGGUCAUAGUGGGUUUGGUUUCCCAAUGAGUGGAGAAAUGCAUGGUAACUUUAUGUCUCAUGGUGGUUUUAUGCCUCAUGGUGGCUUGAUGUCGCAAAGUGGUUUCAUGCCUCAUGGUGGCUUUAUGUCUCAUGGUGGCUUCAUGCCUCAUGGCGGUUUUAUGUCGUAUGGUCAUGGAAUGCCUCAAAAUGACGUCAUGUUACAUGAUGAGCCUCAAAAUGAUGGAAUGCCUCACAAUGACGUCAUUCCCCAAAAUGACAUCAUGCCUCAAAAUGACGUAAUGCCACAAAAUGACGUCAUGCGACAGUUUGCAAAUAAUAUUGAACAUAAUGUACCUUCAAAUAUUAUACAAGGUUCAGAAGACCUUCUACAUCACGGAGAUAUUGCCACACCUGCUAACCCAAGCGAUGAAAGUUCUGACCCCAGUACAAAGAAAGAUACAUCUGAAGAUUCACCAAUGAAUGAUGACGUUACAGGUGAUAAUAUAAAAGGUGAAGAUGGGAAAAGCGAUGACAAAACAAACUCGUACAUGUCAUUUGCACAUGGUGACGGAUUUUCCCAUGGAGGAUUUUCUCAUGGGUUUGGGCAUGGUGAUGGGUUCUCUCAUGGGUUUGGUCAUGGUGAUGGGUUCUCUCAUGGGUUUGGUCAUGGUGAUGGGUUCUCUCAUGGGUUUGGGUAUGGUGGUGGGUUCUCUCAUGGGUUUGGGUAUGGUGGUGGUUUUGCACAUGGCAAUGGAUUUGGUCAUGGUCCAAUUAUUCAUGGUUCUGAAGACUUUCUACACCAUGGUGAUCUAGCUUACCCUACUCAUUUUGACUCUGGCGCUUUUCACCUUCAUGAACCACCAAGCCCAUUGUUACACCCUACUGGCCACCAUGGUGACAUUGCAUACCCCACGCACUUCGACUCCGGGGCGUACCACCUUCACGAACCCGGGGACCCCCUGCUUCUCCCACCUCAUCACCCAUUUGGUGCACUCCCAGAUCCUGGGUUUAUAGACUCUCGCUUUGUAGCACCAACAACCAACCAGAAUCAUCAACUUUUGGUCGAGCAUGGACCAUACAUUACUCCUGGUCAUAUAGACGCACCAAUGGUACCAGUACACUUGAGUGAUCUACCACCAUUAUUUCCAACCAAACCUCAUCAUGGUCAUCCAUUUCUACCCCCUGGUCACAUUGAUUCAAAAUAUGUACCAAGAUACAUCGGUGAUCACCCACCUCUUAUCCCUGAGGGUAGAAAUGGUGGUCCCUACCUUGCACCAGGACAUAUUGAUCCAAGUAUGGUACCACGGUAUGCAAAUGAUAAACCCCCUCUUAUUCCUGACACGUUUGUGCAUGGUUCUGCAUUAUUGCCCCCUGGGCAUAUAGACAGUUCCAUGGUUCCAAGGUACGAGGGUGAUAGAGUACCUAUAUUCCCCACACAUGGUGGGCAUCUCUUACCCCCAGGACAUAUAGACACGCCUUUAGUUCACUACCAUACUCAUGAUACCCCACCUAUAAUGCCACCAUUACACCAUAUUGGUGGAGGACUUAUCCCCCCAGGUCAUAUAGACUCGUCAAUGAUGCCACAUGAUGACAGAGAUAGACCUCCUCUAAUGAAUGGACUAAUCCACUCAGGGUUAGGGCUACCCCCUGGCCAUAUUGACCCACCAGCAGUUUUCCAUCAUGGUAACGAAGGAUUGGCAAGCUUUCCAUUCGCAGGUGGUCAUGGUCCAGGGCAUUUCUGGGGUAUGGGACAUGGUCCAGGAUGGGUACACGGUUAUGGCCAUGGCCCAGGAUUUGGACACGGACUUGGGCCCCUGGGAUUUAGUCCAAUGGGGAUCCUACCUCAUUACCCUCACCAUCAUAUGCUACCACACCCACCACACUUUCAUUUACCCCCAAUUAUUCCCGUGAUGAUACACAAUACCCCGAAACCUAAACCCCCGCCACCCAAGCAACCUCCACCACCACCACCACCACCCGUGCCCCCUGCCCCUCCUCCCAUACCCCCACCCCCUGGUAAUCUGCCAGUUCCACCUGCUGUGCCACCAAAGUUGCAAAGACCAAGUCCAGGUAAAUAAUUUAUACGAGACUAUUCACGCAAACGGAAUUCGUACGGUUAAUGUAGCUGUGUUCGAAUUCAUCGGAUUUCGAUGUAAAUCGAGGCUUAUAGUAAAGCGAGACUUGCCAUUUCAUGAAGAAUCAUGGUGUCAGAUGAGAGGAUGACCACGCCCUUAAGACCCGGUCAAACGGGAUGAGAGUUGACAGUCACGUAUUAGAUUAACAAAAUGAAGUUUUUAUAAGUAUUCCAACUAUGUUUUAACUUAAAUAGAAUACAUGACAGUGUUGGGAAAGCAUUAAGAACAGCCUUUGAUCCAGGCUGUUGUAGACUCCCAAAGCUGUCAAAACUGCCGUGGUUUUACGUUUAAACUACCUGAGAAUGAUUAAACUUCAAGUUUCGAGCAUGGUUUCUUCGUCACGAGGUUACGUAGUGGUUACUAACCUUCACUCAAAAUUCCGAAGUGUUUUUCAGGUAGUUCAGACACACACCACGCAGUUUGAUACAUAAAUGAUGAAAAAAACACAAACUGGUAAUUGUUUGUCUUACCAUCAGUAUUUCUUGUGCGUUCUGUCUAGGUCUGGCUUACGGUUCUCCAGCUCCUAAUCUUCCAUUUCGUAAGUAAUGUUCCGCACUUCCUAAAACUUAAUACAAUAAGCCAAGAUUAAAUCAUUUGCCAGAGAAAAAAUCUAAAUGGAUACACCUAGAUAUUUAGAGAUGGUCUUUACUGGACCUCUAGGAAGAACAGUUUAGAACUGAUAGAGCUAUCCAGUAUAAAUAAAGUUGAAGUAAAACUGGAUCAACAAAGACUUUCCUUUACUGGACCCCCAAGAGAUCUAUCCGGUAUAAAUAGAGAUGAACCUGUAGGGAGAACAGUUUAAAACUGAUAGAGCUAUCCAGAUUAAAUAAAUGAUAGUUUAAUUUAGGUUUCCUCCUGUAGUAACAAUGGAUCAAUAAGUGAUAAUCCUUACUGAAGUCUAUAGAAACAACAGUUUAAAACUGAUAGAGGCAUAGAGUUAUAAACAAGGUAGAUAACGCUGGUCAACAAAUGUUUGGACACUUUCUAGGCGCAGUCUCACGACCGCCGCUGGCAGUGGUGGGAAAAGCAAAGAAAACUAAAGUGUCGGGAACAAAGAAACGCAACUCAAUAAAGAAAAGCGAAUUUGAGAAGAGACAAAAGAACACGAAUACGGAACAACAAACCCUACGUACAAACAAUGUGACAACAGGAAAAAAGCGUUUUUCAGUGAAGUUUUACAAGACUCAGAAUGGAUAUAAUAAAAAAGAAACAGAAAGCCAAGACAAGAAUGGUUAUAAAAAAGAAACAGAGAGCCAAGAAAACGCAAAAAGAAGACACAUCCUGCAUACAACUAAAGGCAAAAUGAGAACGGCAAGGAAACGCAAUUUAUUGAAGUUAAAUACACAUCACAAAAACAAGAAUCAAACUAAAGAUAAAACAAAGAUUAGUAACCUUUCAAAAAGAACAAUGGCAUUGCCUAACAUGAGAUAUAGAACUAAAUUUAUACCGUUACACCGUGACAAACAUGUUCAGUCCUAUAAAGAAGCGAACUUUAGGUAUCGUAAACAAAAACACAAGGAUAAGGACUGAGUAGCUGGUUUUUCCUAUGACUUUGGCGUAUCCGUAACUCGUCAUCAAAAUGCUGACGCCAUGGCCCCCCUGGACGUCGGCCAUUUUGAAUAUUAUCAGGGGGGUGAAUGCUUCUCAUAAGCGCACUGGCUAGGACCAUGGUGUCAGCAUUUUGAUGACGAAUCAUGGCGUGGCAGCGGUUACGCUUUUUUUGGCUGAGUCGACCUUCUGUGCGUCUUUAUUCUGUGGUAUUGCUAUACUGUGGUAGUGACGCGUUGCUUCAGAUGUCAUUGAUGAACAUUGUACGUUCAUCAGUUUUUUUAUAUGUUAAAUUUGUCAAAUGUUUGCACUAAAGAAUUACUCUUUAAAUGAAACGAUUGUUUAUCUCGGCUAACAUGAGAAAAUAAAAUCUUCAAAAACACAAUUUCUUACUAAAACAUUCUUCACGCAAGAAUGAGCAAACAUCAGGUUGUGAGCAGGUACAUUAAACACAACUCAUUUUAACUUCAAAAUGUGAAAAAGAUAUAUCAUGUAAAUAAUCCUAGUUCAAACUACGGUAGUGG